CCUCGCCAUGUCCAAAUUGAAUCUUCAUCCCCGUCUAAUCUCUGACUUGUCCAAGUUGCCCAGGUCAUCGAAUCACUAGGAAAUCGGGCCCUUAAAUUAUUGCGUAUACUAUCUGGUAUAUCAAUCUUCGGCCUCGUUCAUUAGUGUUAGUGAUCAGUCUAUAAAUGUCGGACGAUAUUCUUCCCGAGCCCGAAGGAAUCCAAAGGGCACUCCUUAUUGCUGUGGAAAAAGCGACCGGUUUCCCAAACCUCCCUCAGGCGCACAGAGAUGUGGCGAAAAUGAGAGACUUCCUUAUGAACUUUCGUGGCUACCACCCGGAAAACAUCGUCAUUAUGAUGCAUCAUAACAGUGUUUCACCAAGGUUAUAUCCCAGUAAAGCAAACAUACUGCGCGAGAUUGACCUUAUAGUUAAACACACAUCCCAACACGACCGGAUUUUUUUCUACUACACUGGUCAUGGCGAUCAGGUGACUUGUAAACACCAUACUGAAGCCGACAACAUGGAUGAAGCUAUCCUCACAUACACGGGAAAGCGUAUCAUUGAUAAUAUAUUAAAAGAACGCCUCGUUGAUCCAUUGCCUCACGGAGCCAAGCUUUUCGCGCUGUGGGAUUGUUGCCACUCUCACACAGUGUUGGAUUUGGAACAUUCCAACUGCAACGGAUUAUGGCGGACGCCCUUCAAAGUCCUGUCGGAUCUGGCAAGGAAAACCAAGAGCCUCGGCAAAAGGCUCAGCUCCAGCAUCUUGAAGGAUAGCUGCGAUGGUCGUUUCUCAUCAAAGGAUGACUCUCAAUCAAGAAAUGUAUCAUUUGCAACUGACGGCGUGGAUCUCUGCAAAGUGUCUUCUCCUGACUCGUACUUGCCACCAUGUUCAUUUAACUGUCCUAUGACGCUCCCCGAGAACCAAGUCAAGGCCUACGUCGUUUCCUUGUCUGCGUGCAAGGACAAUGAGUUGGCAUAUGACGACAACGCUACUGGUGAAACUGUGACGAAGUUCUUCAUCGAGUACCUUGAGCAAAAUCCUAGACCUUCUUAUUCCGAGCUACUCUGCUACAUACGGGGAAAGGUCAACGAUAUUACUCGCAGACGCAUACAGGCGCCGAUUAAACCGGCCAGCAAGACAGCUCACUACCCGCAUCGUCUACAGAGACUGUCGGAAAAUGAGGUUGAAAUCGAGGGUUGGCCCAAAUGCGAUCAUUAUAGUCACUGCGAUGACGGAAAUGACACUUCCACUUUGAGCUCUCAGCAGCCUUCGUACUCGAGCCACUACCGCAUGGAUAUGUCGCAGAUCGUUGAAUUCUGAAGCACAGGACGAAUUAUAUGUAGUACCUGGCACAGCUAGUACGCUGGUCACGGUUGUCGACGUUUAUCGUUAUUUACCUUAUUGAUCAAUUAUUAAUUUGCUUGGGAGGACCUUCAGAAGCCUUUUCUUUCAUACCCUGGCUUCGAGCAAAUACUACUAUUUACAGUUCAUCAUAUCCAGGACAAUAUUAUGUCACAGUACAUUAGUUUUCAUACACACCAGUUCUCCUUCGAACUGUCGGUCCUUUUGUAUUCUGCUUAACAGCUUACAUAUUCUUAUUCGUAAUAACUGCCAUUGCCAUAGCUCUUACUUGUCAGGCGGCCUGACGAACCCGCCAGCCGUCACAUUGAGUAAUCAAUCGCCUCUGGAAAAACAUGAAGU